AUGGAAAAGACCCCUCUCGUGUUGCUUUCGGAUAUCUUGUUGAAAGACACUUUGGAGAUAUGGAAUAAUAUUCCCAAGCCAAAAGAUAAACAUGACGCUUCAUUUGACGAUUACUUCGUUCUUGAUGUGGUGGGGUUAUCUCACUAUGAGUACGCCAAAGAGAAAUUCAUAGAAGAUGUGAACGAAUUAAGGAAGCGAUUCUCUUCUCCGUCUGAGGCAUCUUUACAGAUUAAGCCUUUAGUUCCCGCCGUCGACUUUGUAAGGAGCACAUCCGAGAUAUGGGAUAGAGUCGUUAACGAUAAAGUUCUUGACAUUCCUUCUCACAAGGUGAUGAUUGCUAAAGUUAGAUGUGAACAAAUUGACAAUGAUAAAUUUGAUGGGUUCAUUGUUAAUGAGGAAUGGUCUCAACUGAAAGUAGCCGUUAAUAGCCCUCCAGUGUCAUGUUUUGGCACAAAAGUUACUUCAAUGGUUGACAAAUGUUUACUCGAAUACGAUGAAGAAGCCGAAUUUUAUGAUGAAGUUGUUAAGGCGGACCAUAGAGAAAAAUUAAAACAACGUUUGUUGCAAGAAAUCAAACCGAUACUUGGGUCCUUAAUGGACAACAUAUCUUCCCAAGCUCUAGAUGCCUUCAAAUCUAACCUAGACAAAGAUUUGAUUGGAGGGAAAACUUUCCGUGAGGUUGCAGAUUGGUCAAAUAUCCUGGUGAAAUUUGAUUCUGAUUACGAAGAUUCAAGGAUUGAUCAAGCAGAAUGGACAUCUACAAAAGUAAGAGAUAAGUUGGUGGCUCAAAUAAGUAGUCACGUGGAUUCUAUUAGGUCAAUGAAACAAAAUGAGUUGACAAAUCAAGUUAAGUUGAAACUAGAAAUUGGGCUGACUGAAUCUAUGGGAUCUAUUCUGAAAAAACCUGAAAAGAAUAUGUGGGUCAAUCUUAGAGAUCUCUUUGGACGCGAGACAGUGCCGACCUGCUCUGAGUUUAGGGUUGGCCUAGAGGACUUGGGAAUAAAUGACACUGCUAAGGUAGAAGCAGAUGAAAUGCUGAAAAAAUAUGGAAGAGAUUUAAUCGAGAAAAGUGUGAGAAAAGAAGCUGAUAACAUUCUACGGCUCAUUCAAGAAAAGUUUUGUUAUAUCCUCUUGAAUGAACCAGACUCGAAUAUUCCACGAUCUUGGAAAUCAAGUGACAAAAUCGAAGAAAUUGUGAAAACAGCUCGAGCUGAGUGUGUAAAUAUUAUGUCUGUUAUGGCUAUAAUGCGUUUGGACAUUAAUAAGGAGAGUGAAGACAUUAAAAAAAUUCUUUCAAAUGCUUUGCUGGAAGGAGGUGAUGAGGGUAUUCUAACACAUAGUAAUUGGAAUGGGGUGGAAGCAUCGAAGACAUUGAUGAGCCCAGCUGCUUGUGCAACUAUUUGGGAUCAAUUUCUAAAAUCCUCCGGCAUGAUCAUUACUUCUGUCAAUCAAACUAUUCAAGCAAGGAAUGAUGCCGAUAAUAAACAGGAAUUUGGAAAGGCAAAAAUUUGGGAAAAACCUCUAACGGACGUUCGUCGUUUUCCGGCUUGGCGUCUCCUUCUGAUUCCUUCUGCCAUCGCUGAUUUCUGA